AUGAUUCUUCUUCUUGGUCCUUUCCUUUCCUCCCCCCUCUCUCCUCUCAUAAAUGCAUAUUAUAGAUUCCUCCUCCUUCCUCUUCUCCUCAUCAUCGUCUCCAGUUGUUCCACAAAAAAUAAUAAUAUCUCCAUAUCCAUCACCCUAAAACACUUCAAAUCUAUAUUUCUCUUUCUAAACCUUCCUUUUUUGUUUGAAUUUGCUCCAAUAUUUCCCAAAUUUUGUUUUGUAGCUAUGGCGGAGGAACACGGGUUUCAGUCGCCGGAGGGCCACCGCCUCUGCGCCAACAACUGCGGCUUCUUCGGCGUCCCCACCACCCUCAAUCUCUGUUCCAAAUGUUACCGAGACCAUUGCAUCAAAGAAGAUCAAGCCAAGUCAGCCAAAUCAGCGGUCGAGAAUUCUCUCUUCCUUCCUUCCUCCUCCGCCGCUGCGCUGGCUCCGGCGGUGGUUCUGUCUGUGAUUUCAUCUCCGGCUGUUUCUGCGGAGGAAGAGGGAGGAGGAGGGAGGGUUCCAACGGCGGCGGGGCCGAACAGGUGUUCGGUGUGCAGGAAACGGGUCGGGUUGACCGGGUUUAACUGUCGGUGCGGAACCACGUUUUGUGGGGCCCACCGGUACCCGGAGAGGCACGGGUGCACGUUCGAUUACAAGGCGGUGGGGAGAGAGGCGAUUGCGAGGGAUAAUCCUGUGGUCAAGGCUGAGAAGUUGGAGAAGAUUUAAUCAGGGUCGUUGGUUUUGAUGACCUUUGUGGUCGGAUGAAAAUUUGUCGAUUUGGUGACCGUUGGAUCUGAUGAAUGCUUUGGUUUGAUAGGGAUGAAUGAAGAUGAUCAACGGAUCCGAGCUUCUCUGGAAUUUGUUAUAUAUUUUUCUUUUUUUCUUUUUUCUUUUUUCUUUUAUGUGAGCUUGAUUGUAAAAAGGGUUUUUACUUUUUUUAUUUUUAUUUUUAUUAGUGGUGAUGAUAAUAGUAUAUUAUUGUGGAUCCUAUUGCAUAAGUAUAUUCGUUGGAACCAUUCCUAUUACUGGUGGUCA